UCUGGGGAACACAGUGGUUUGGAUGGGAAGGGCAGCUUGUACUGUACCUGCCAGGUGGAAGUAAAUGCUGCUAUGUUAUUGGUUGGAAAGAGUCUCAUGGUGUUGAUUUGCCCACUCCCAUUUUCCUAAGCACACAUACUUCCAUGAGCACAGCACACAGCAGUGCCAGACAGCAAAGUGUUACUGAGGAGAAGGAAAAGAGGGAGGUUGAAACAAGCAUCAAGAAAUAAGAGAGGAGUGAUAAGAAAAACUUGAAGCCAGCUAGAUCAGUCUUUUCCUGAGAACAACCGAGAUGACCGUUGCUCCGUUCAGUCGCAGACAGUGGGCCUCCCAGUCCCUCAGAGUCACAGCUGCGGAAUUGUCCAUAGUCGGCACCAGAGGAAAGAACAAUGCCAUCGCUGAGCGCUUCUCGAAGUACCAACUGGCUGCAGAGGAAGCCAACUUGGAGAGGAAGAAAGCUGCUGCGGAGCCGUCGCCACAGACUUUCCGCAGUUGCAGCCUGAGUGUGUUGAAGAAGCUUUGGGAGCAGCCUGUCCAGUCAGCCACACCUUGUGCCACGCUACCCCACACUCGCCGCUUACUCCCCUCAGAUCCUAACGCCAAGCACCAGACCCAGGCCCAGCCACCUCUCUCACCAGACCCCAACACCAGUCCCACAGCCGCAGAGGACCAGGCAGGACCAGGUAUGGAGAGGAGACGGCAGCAGAGAGACCGAGAGAGGCAGGAGGGAGGAGCAGCAGAAGUGCCUUGCAUCCCCAGUGAGAAACCCGACAUACCCCUCAACAACCUCAAGAUGAUGUUCGAGAAAGGAGAGAACCUUCAGAACAAAGUGUCCAGAGAGCCUGUGAGGAUUGGAGGGACCGGAGGCAUCACUGACAACAUGGAUCAGCUACUUGGAGAUUCAGGGAGCAUAGAGUCCAUGCCCCUGAGGGACAGGAUGGCCAUGUACCAGGCUGCUGUGUCUAAAACAGAGGUGUUAUCCUCCUCAGUCAGCAGUGAUCAGCUGGACUCUGACCUCUGCAGCAAACAGAAGGAAAAUGUACCCCCAGGCAGUGUGGACACGGGUCCGGACUCAGAGCCCAACAGUAGGAAAGCAUCUUCCACAGAGAGCAAUGCAGGCUCCAGUACCGGCACCUUCUCUGCAUCCCCGACUCAGAAGGACCAAGCUCAGCCCAAGACCUCCAGGAGCUUCUGCUUGCCUGCACGGGAGAGUUGUGUGUCAUGUCAGAAGACGGUCUACCCUUUAGAGCGUCUGGUAGCUAACCAAAAGGUCUACCACAACACCUGUUUCAGAUGCUCCCACUGCAACACCAAACUCAGCCUGGGGACCUACGCCUCUCUGCACAGCCACGUCUACUGCAAGCCUCACUUCUGCCAGCUGUUCAAGGCCAAGGGCAACUACGACGAGGGCUUCGGCCUGCGCCCUCACAAGGAGCUGUGGGAGACCAAAGGAGAGAGUGGGGCUGGGGAGGAACCCAGGACAGAGCUGACUACCAAGGCCACCUCCUUUUCCAAAGACAAGCUGAAGAAGUGCGCCUCUACUGGCACGCUGUUGAUCAGCCCAGCAGUAGAGGAGUCUCCACUGGCCAAGGUCAACGUGGUGACGGCCUCCCUGGAGACCCGCGCCCAGAGCUCAGCAGAGAAGGACAAGCCAGUGGAAACACGUCGGCUGAAGAUCUCCUGGCCCCCCCGCACUGAAGGAGACGGAGAGGGGAGUAACAUUGGGGACAGUCCCACCUCAGACGGGAGCUCCGCUGGGAAACAAUCCCGUGCUAAGUGGCCCCCAGAGGAUGACUCAGCCUCCACCGACCAGAGCCCAGAGCCCACCGUACGCUCAACCCUCUGCAGGAGCGCCUCCCUCAAGGAGCGUAGCCGACCCUUCUCAUUGGCCAUGGCCUCCCAUGCUCCCGCUGCCAGUCAGACAGCCAAUCCUGAGCCACUGGAGAGGAGAAGCUCAUUCGAGGACAGGGAGCCUGAACUGGCCUGUAGCCCUGAGGAACAAGGCAUGGAGGACAAGGAACAACCAAACAGCUUGUCACCCGACUACCACACGCCUUCUGACGACAGCUACGUGGACAUCCACACCAGCUCUGAGGACGAGGGGAUGGAAGGGAGAGUCGCACGUCUGAAAGACCACCACGAAUUACUAGAAGCAAACCAUGAACAGGGAGCAAAGAAUGACGGGGAGGAAGAGGAAAAGCUGGAGGGAGAAGAAGAGGGAGCAGGAAAAGAGGGGGAAGGGUUACCUUCUCAAAACUGCCAGACUGCCUCGUCAGAGAUUGCCGCGCCCCCCUCGUCUCUGGAGACUGAGCCGAGGUCCAAGACCAACCGCACGUCUCAGGAUGUGGGCUUCUGGAACGGCGAGGAGGCCGUAUCUGUAGAGGAGAUGAUUAAGAGGAACCGCUACUAUGAGGAAGAUGAGGACGAGGAGGACUGAAAGAGACUGGACUGGAUCAGCCAUUAUCACCACACUGACUGUUAACUUCCUCCCCUCUCAUCAUUUCCCUGUUACUAAGGAACAGUGUCUGGCUGCGUUUGGUGCCAUGUCAGGUGUUUUACUCUCUCUGAGCUCUAUUUGUGCCUCUGAACGAUCACCUCAAUUGGAGUGAUCAAGUCCUCAGAAUAUCUACAUUGUUAGUUUUCCAUAAUAUAGAUUUAUUGAAGCACAGAUCAGUCUUAUGUUUGUGUAUCAUUCAACGCUAAUUUUAAGAUAUUCCAUGAUCUGAAACUACCUAUUGUGGUCAUUUAUUUCUGUCCAUUCUACCUUAAGUCUGGAUUGAUGGCACAGUAAAAAACAAACGAAUGCUGAUGAUACCAACUGAACACAGUGAAUGAGACAUACGAGUCUGUAUUUAGGAGAGUCCGAUGAAUGUUUUUAAGGUGGAUUGUUUGAUCAGAACCGCAGGAGAGCUCAGCUGAAAGGACAGGAUCGGUUUUCACCAUAUUCAUUCUGCUUGUUGUCAUUGUUUGUAUGAAUUAAAAAAAGGAUGCACACAAAA